AUGGCUUUAAUGCUGAGCUAUCCCUUUUAUCCCCCAAACGCUUCAUCAAUGGACUCAUUCCCCAGCUCCGUCUCCAAGCUCCAUGUGAGAACAGCCCUACAGUUCUUCAGGUACGGUUCCUCCGGUUCCUCCAAGAAACGAUUUUUCUGUGCAAUUCAUGUGACCAGCAGCUCCGAUUUCACCCCACAGAAAGACCCAAAUAAGAAAUCUAGUUUUUUCCCCAAGAAUAAGUACAUUGGAGGUAAUUUCGGCAGUGAACCGAAAAGAAUAAAUAGUGGACCUAUUAUUUUAUCUCGCAGUUCUUGGCUGGAUAAUUGGAAGGCAAGCUCUAAGCCGAAUAACGGGAAAAGGCCCGAGCCAGUAGUAAGUUAUAGGAAUCCUGGGGACUUUUCGGGCUCGGAUUCUGAAGAGAGCACCAGUACUAGCACUGGUGGCAGCACGAUGCAAAGAAUUGUCGAAAAAUUGAAGAAAUUCGGUUAUGUAGACGAUGUUAGUGAAAAAGAGGAUAGCAACGGUGGAGGAAUCGAAAAAGGGUCCGUAGAGGAUAUAUUUCAUAUCGAGGAAGGAUUACUGCCAAACACAAGGGGUGGGUUUUCCAAUGAUUUCCCAUUUGGGGAUUCAAGAACUAGUCGGGAGGUAAAAUUCCCUUGGGAGAAAAGCGAACCAGAAGGGAGCCUGGACAGUCGGAAGAAGCGCAGUCUGGCGGAGUUGACUCUGCCCGAGUCUCAGCUGAGGAGGUUGAGGAAUUUGGCACUUAAGAUUAAGAACAAGACGAAGAUUAGUGGGGCUGGUGUGACACAAGCGGUUGUGGACACAAUUCAUGACAAGUGGAAAUCAUCCGAGGUCGUCAGGUUGAAGGUCGAAGGGCCCCCUGCCCUUAACAUGAAGCGAGUGCAUGGUAUAUUAGAGAGAAAAACUGGUGGACUUGUUAUCUGGAGAUCGGGCACCUCUGUCUCGCUUUACAGAGGUGUGAAUUAUGAAGACCCCCGAUUGAGGUUAAAGAAAAAAAUAUUGUCGAAAAAGGAAAUAUCCCAUCUGCCCCCUUCCACCACUGAUAAUAAAACCGUUCAAGAUUCUUCUGGUUUUGAUCCUUCAGCCAAUUCUCAUGCACUUGAGGCCAAGUCAACUAGCUCUGGUCAAGAAAAUAGAAAUCUCGAAAGACCAACGGAAGUGAGAUAUGAACAUGAAAUGGACAAGCUAUUAGAUAGCCUAGGACCAAGGUACACUGAUUGGCCGGGAGAGGGUCCACUUCCUAUAGAUGCUGAUUUGCUGCCAAGUGUCAUCCCCGGUUAUCAACCGCCUUUCAGAUUACUGCCGUAUGGCAUUAGGUCUACACUUGGAAUAAAGGAAGCAACUUCCUUACGAAGGCUCGCUAGAAGCCUACCACCACAUUUUGCUCUUGGAAGAAGCAGGCAGCAUCAAGGUUUAGCUGCAGCCAUGAUUAAGCUAUGGGAAAAAAGUUCAAUUGUGAAAAUUGCACUUAAACGUGGAGUCCAGCUGACAACUAGUGAGAGAAUGGCUGAGGAUCUCAAGAGAUUAACUGGGGGCACACUUUUAUCAAGAAACAAGGACUUUUUGGUCUAUUACAGGGGCAAAGAUUUUUUGUCACCUGAUGUUGCCAAAGUACUUUUGGAAAAAGAGAAACUGGCAAAGGCCUUGCAGGAUGAAGAGGAACAAGCACGGCUGAGGGUGUCAUCAGUCUUAGUCGUAUCAAAUGAGGAAAAGAUUGAUAAAUCUAAAACUGCUGGAACACUUAAAGAGACUUUAGAUGCAGACAGUAGAUGGGGAAGAAAACUCGAUGAUGAUCACGAGGAGAAGGUGAUGAGAGAAGCUAAGGCUUUGAGGCAUGCCAACCUUGUGAGGAAGCUCGAGAAGAAGCUCUCUUUCGCGGAGAGGAAGCUAGCCAAAGGGGAACGCACCUUGUUAAAGGUGGAGGAGUCUUUGAAUCCAACUGAUCGUGCAGAAGACAAGGAAAGCCUUACUGAUGAAGAAAGAUAUAUGCUUCGGAAGCUUGGAUUAAGGAUGAAGGCAUUUUUACUUCUCGGGAGGCGUGGGGUUUUUGGUGGCACGGUGGAGAACAUGCACUUACACUGGAAAUAUAGAGAAUUAGUGAAGAUCAUUGUUAAGGCCCCAAACAUAGAGGAAGUUAAGGCUAUUGCGCUAUCUCUUGAAGCCGAGAGUGGAGGUGUUUUGGUUUCUGUAGAUAAAGUAUCCAAAGGAUAUGCAAUAGUUGUUUUCCGGGGCAAGGAUUAUAGAAGGCCUCAAAUGCUGAGGCCCAGUAACCUUUUGACUAAAAGAAAAGCAUUAGCGCGUUCGAUCGAGCUUCAGAGGCGCCAGGCCCUAUUGAACCACAUUUCAACCGUGCAAGAAAGAGCGAACCAACUAAGAAGUGAAAUUGAACAAAUGGCGUCUGUUAAAGAACAAGGAGACCAAGAGCUUUAUAACAAGCUGGAGUCGGCGUACAUUACUGAAGAUGAGGACAGCGAGGAGGAAGGAGAUGAUUCUUACCUCGAGACAUAUGAUAAUGAGGAUGACAGAGUUGACGAAAAUAACGAUUCGGUUAAUAAUUCCGAUUUAGAAACAAACUUUCCUUAUGAUUUUCAGGAAGAAUCCGAAACAGAAUUCUCAGGGCCAUAA